GCUCAAGGCGGUGGGUUUCCUUCCCCCGCACAAUCCCCUCCCCCAAAAAUCACCACACCAAACGCCGCCGCCUCGUCCCACACCAAACGCCGCCGUCCCACGAAUCCCACGGCCUCGUCCCGCAACGGCCUCUCAGGCUCCCCGCGAUGGCCAGCUCUGCGAUCUCCGACUUGGUAGAGAAGGGCAAGGAGAUCAUGCGCAUGAAGGAAGAGGGUCAAUUCGGGCGCGCACUGCAACUGGCCGACGUGCUCGCCAUGAAGCACCCUGACUCGCCCCUACCUCCCAGCCUCAUAGGUGCGAUCCACUACGAUGCGGCCAUCCGCGCGCGCGAGGCUGCUGCGGGCUCGGAGGAGGAGGUGGCCGACGCGGCGGCGCUAGCCGAGACCCACCUCCGCGCUGCUCACCAUGCGAUCAUCCAGGUGAAUUCGGUGGCGCCCGACAACAUCGACAACCAUAUCGCGCUCGCGGGCGUGCUUGUCGAGUUAUCGAUGUUCCGCGAGGCGGAGACCGCGCUGCGCCGCGCUUGGGAUUUGGAGGCAAACCCACCUGUCACGACGCAAGGCCUCCACAGCCGACUGGGAUCCUCCACUCGCGACGCGAAGGAUCAGUCCUACGAACGGCUGACCAAUCGGAUCGUUGACCAUGAGAUUCAGAAGGUAUCAGAGGUGCGCAAUAGCCAUGGUGGGGCGCUGAAUGCUCUGAAGGAGGCUCGAAGUCUCGCCAAGCGCUUCCCGGUCUCGGUGCGUGCGCGGCUGUUCGAAGCUCUCAUCGAAUUAGAGUACAUGAACAACCUCCCUCGAGAUCUUGACAGGACCAAAGGAUUGGAAAGGCUUCUACAAAGUGCCAAUGCUAUUGUUGAAACAUUCCCCAAAUCAGGUGUAUCUGCUUCUUUCCGAGCCCGAUUGCUGUUCCUUUUGGGUAGGCAUGAUGAUGCGGAGGCAGAAUGCAAUCGGGCACUUCCUUUGGUUGAUCUAAAAGAAGAUACAAUCCUCCCUGCAUCCAUCAGAGGGGAUAAAAGCGAGUUUGAUGACCUACUCUCCAAAAUCACGACCAAAAGACAGAUGGCUGGAGCUGGUGGUAGACCAUGCCAGAAGAUCACCGUGGAUGAUAUUGCUACCAUCUUUAAUGUUGAUCAAGUGUCAAGCAAAGAGGAAGUCUCCUUUCCAGCAGGUGGACAUGAGCUUAGCAAGAGUACAAGCAACAUUGGUGAUAUUGCUGCCAUCUGUAAUGUUGAUAAACUAUCAAGCAAAGAGAAAGUAUACUAUCCAGCAGGUGGACAUGAGCUUAGCAAGAGUACAAGCAACAUUGGUGAUAUUGCUGCCAUCUGUAAUGUUGAUAAACUAUCAAGCAAAGAGAAAGUAUACUAUCCAGCAGGUGGACAUGAGCUUAGCAAGAGUACAAGCAACAUUGGUGAUAUUGCUGCCAUCUCUAAUGUUGAUAAACUAUCAAGCGAAGAGAAAGUAUACUAUCCAGCAGGAAAUGCUUAUUCCAUACCUUGUUCAGUCGGAAGAGCUCCACUCAAGUUAUUACCGCUAAGACAUAAGACUUCAAGUGGAACUGGUUCGGAAGACAAACUAAUAGGAAAAGGUCCUUCAAAAUUAUUGAAGGACAAAUCGAGGAACUUCAGAUGAGGAGGUGCAAAUAAUGAUGGAGGGAGAGAUCCGCUGAAUUGAUUUCUACCCACAUUCAACUUCCCGAUGCUUUUAAAGGCUGUGAUGCAUGCAAGUAGUAUAAUGAUUACAGGUGGCACAAACUGAAGUAUUAAACAUGAAGUCCUUUCCUAAUGUAAGUAAGAACUUGUUUUUUACCUGAAAACGGCAGAGUUCCAUUGAGGUAAUUGUUACUGAGAUCCAAGACUUCAAGUGAAAUCAGUCCCGAGGAUGAACUAAUUGGGAUAGGCUCAACAAAGAGAUUUACCGAGAGAACCAGAAUCUUUAGCCGAGGAAGUGAAAAUAGAGAUUCUGGGAGGUUUCCAUUGAAGUUAUUCACAGACAUACUCAAUUCUUGCAAGUUUCUAAGAUUUUCAAAA